AUGAAGAAAAUCCUUAAAUCUCACUCAAUACAUUAUCAUUUCUCUCCUCAUCAAGACUUAAUUGAGCCAGAUUCCGAAGAAACUCCAAACUACCAAGAAGAACUUGACGAAGGCUGCUAUGCCGAUUCCGAAUUAUCUGAUAGUGACAUUAUCAGCCCUCAAACUUCUUUUUUGCAUAAAAACACUAGCUCAAUCGGCAAUGGGCUGUCCAAAAGCUUUCAAGAUGACGUAGACAUUCAAAUUCACUUAAUCCAAAGUCAGCACAAAAAGCGAGAAGAUUAUGAUCGCAGACUGCGAGUCUUGCUGAAAAAAUCGCUAUUAGAUUUAUUUUUUAAAUUCAAAGCACAAAAAUGAACUCCAAUGCCUGAAGUGAUUGAAGAAAGAAGCAGCGAAGAACAAAGUCCAAUCCGAGCUUUAGGUAAAGAUGAGCCUGAUCCAGCCUAUUUAAGACUAGAGUUUUCGGAAGAUAAAGCGAAAAGGCCAAAUUUAAGAAUCCAUAGAAGGUCUUUGUCUACUCCUGAACCUAUCACUGAUGAUGAAAUCAGGCAUUGCCAAGAAAUUGCUGAAGAGGUUACGUAAGGGCUAAAUAGGGAAAUAGAGAAGUCGAGAAUAAUCCCUAGAUUAAAAGAGAAGCUGUCUCCUGGAACACCUACAUAUGCAAAAGUGAAUAUCCUCAAUUAUUCAACAUUAAACUAA